AUGAAGAUCAAGAAGAAGGAUCUCCGCAAGCGUGAGGCGCAGUUGCCCAUCAACUACCCGAAUCCCGAAGUGGAGGAACUCCAUACACUCAACGACGCCUUCUUUAACGCAGAGAACACACGCGUGGAAGAACUCUGCAAACGACUCGCACACAAUGAAGUGGCCGUGCGGGAUGCGGUGUUGGCGGAACUGCCGCGAUACAUCCGAGACGUCACCCGCCGCAUUGCAGUCGCGGAGGAAGAGGCAGACAUGACCGCACUGCAGCGACUGGUGGCCAUGCGAGGAAAUAGUAGAAACCAAAAGGGAAAGGAAAAGAAUAAGAAAGAUAAUAAUAAAAAGAAUAAGAAGAAUAAUAAGAAAGAUAAGGAUAAUAAGGAAGUGGAAGAGAAAGAAAAGAAUGGAAAGGAGGUGGAAGAGGAGUUGGGGAGAAUUAACGUUCUACGUGAAGUGACCCUUUACCGCAGUCGAGAGGAGAAUGUACGGCGUGAAGAGAGACGUCAAGAGGCUCUCCAACGUUUAAAAGAAGAACAGGAAGCACAAGAAAGAGAACAACAAACACCACUGCCGUAUUCCAAUCUCAAUGGAAUUCAUCAUGAGGAAGAAGAGGAAGAAGAAGAAGAAGAAGAAGAAGAACAAGAAAGAACAACAAUGUAUACACCUCCACCGCAGACAGGCCAACAAAAGAGUCUACGGCAGAUGCACCGCGAGUGGAUCACAGUGUGGGCAGACACAGAGUUACUGCUGCUGAAACUCACACGUGGUGUCUUUUUCUGUAUGUGGCACUCCGACAAGCCGUUGGUGCAGUUGGAAUGUGCACAGCGGAUUGCCCGGCUUAUUCACGCACCUCGUACGAACAGUGGAAAGAUACUUUUCUUCAGUUGUUUAAUGCGAGUGUUGGCAAGAGAGUGGCGGGCCAUGGAUCGUUAUCGCGCCGAUAAGUUCCUCGCUCUGGUGCGUAAAAUG